AUGAAUGAAUAUCAAAUCAUUGAAAUCCUUAUAGCUUAUUGGCCGUUGGUUCAUCUGGAAAUCUAUCGUAUUCUACCAUUAUCUUCGUUGUUGCCGUAUUUGAAUUGUCAACAACAAGAUGAUGAAAAAUAUUUCAUCGCGCAAUUUCUCGAGAGAAAAUUACCGGAUGGGUCAACUCUGUUGGAUUAUAUUGUGAUGGGCUUGGUCAAUAAACGCAAAGAUAUAUCACGUUUACAAAUUGUUGAUUUUCAUCGAUGUUCAACAAGUAUUCAGAUGACCAAAGAACUCUUUCGUUUACCAUUACUAUGGACAGCCCCACAUCGACGACAUUUGUUACAAAAACGAAUGUCUAUCGAAAAGAGUACAUUGGAAAAGUACAUCGAAGGAUUCAACCAUGUUUACCAAUACUACGAUAAAUCCAUCACACAUGAAACUAAUUUUGAGUCAAUCAAAAUUAUAUUGGAUUGUCAGAUUAUCAAUGAAGAUACACUUCUUGGACUUGAAUUGCAACAUAUAACACCAUUCGAAUUUCAUUUUCGUAAACUAUGGAUAAGUAACUAUGUUCGACAAAUUCUUUCACCUCAAACAUUAUUUGAUAUCAAUCUGAUCUUGACUUUAACUCAAAUGGAUAACAUUACCCAUCUGCAUUUGAGUGAUGCAAACAUGGAAACAACCGAAAAUGAAUUGAAACUACUCGUACGAGGUUUAACUAAUCUACGAAAUUUACGCGUUUUGUGUUUGCAGCGUGUACUCAACCUGUACCCACACCGUUAUACAAGUCCACAUGUGUUGAUGAAUCUAUGUUCGGAUUUCAAUCAUUUACUUCGUCGUCUAAUUUAUCUCCGAAAACUUGAUCUUUCCUACUCAUACUUACAAUCCUAUAUACGAAUCCUCUUUAGCGGUCUUGUUCAACCACUUGAAUACCUCAAUUUACAAGACUGUCGUUUAGUAUCGAAAGAUCUCGAAUUUUUAUUAUCAAUGCGCAGUUUACGGCAUUUGAAUGAACUCAAUCUCAGUAUGAAUAACUUCGGCACACGAACAUGUGCAAAUAUCAUCUUACAGAUUAUUCCACGCUGUCCCGACUUGACUACCUUAUCGAUUGGGUAUUGUUCAUUACAAGCAUCCACGAUUGGACAACUGGCAGAUUAUUAUAUCAAAGAAAAAAGUCAUACGAAAAUUUCCUUGCUAUCGUUCAAAUCGAUCAUCCCGUAUUACAAUUAUGAAUUCGAUUUCCUUUUACAAAAGUUCGGACAAAUCAAAACUUUGAAAAAGAUUUUGUUAUUUCCACAACUACAUACGUAUCCAGGGGCUAACGACGCGGAGCGAGAAUUAGUUGCGCGGGAACUCUAUAGACGAUGUUGUCAGACGUUACAAGCGUUGAAUAGACAAGAUUUGGAGUUGUUGUGA